CAGCAGCCGCCCACCGCUUUACUCUAGUCUCCAUAGACUCCUGGAUGCUGCUAUAAAAAGUCGGUUUCUGAUGCCCUGAAUCAAACGAAGGAUAGAAAUUCCACAUUGGUGCCGCAAGUCAAUAAUCCUGACAGCUAGAUUUGCCUAGAGUACUCUUGCUCCGCGUCUCCACUGGCUGCCACGGUUCCGAUAACCUAAAGUAAAUAGAGCUGCGUUCGGCCGUCGUCUACGCACGCCUCCCGGGUCGAUAGCAUCGGCUUUCCCUUGCCUUGCCUGUCCGAGUCAGCGCGUGCGCAGACUGCGCCCGGCGUCGCCCCGGGAGGAGCCGCGUAAACAGGAAGUGGGCUCCGCGCUGGCGGCCUGCUGCGGUAAGGAGACAUCUGGAAAAAAUGACCCAUUGGUUUCAUAGGAACCCACUGAAAGCCACGGCUCCUGUCUCUUUUAAUUACUACGGUGUGGCCGCUGGCCUACCUGCUUCAAAAAUUUGCAACGACCUCAGGUCAUCCAGGGCGCGCCUCCUGGAGCUGUUCACCGAUCUGAGCUGUAACCCAGAAAUGAUGAAGAAUGCGGCAGAUUUGUACUUCUCACUUUUACAAGGUUUCAUACAUUCCCCAGGUGAAUCUACACAGGAAAGCAAGUUAAGAUAUAUUCAGAAUUUCAAGUGGACCGAUACACUGCAAGGACAGGUGCCAAGUGCCCAACAGGAUGCUGUUUUUGAAUUAAUUUCCAUGGGAUUUAAUGUAGCUUUAUGGUACACCAAAUAUGCUUCAAGACUGGCUGGCAAAGAAAACAUAACAGAAGAUGAAGCAAAAGAGGUCCACCGAAGCCUGAAAAUUGCAGCUGGGAUUUUUAAACAUUUGAAGGAAAGUCACAUCCCGAAGCUCCUCACACCUGCGGAGAAGGGAAGGGACUUGGAGCCCCGGCUCCUGGAAGCAUAUAUCCUCCAGUGCCAGGCGGAGGCUCAAGAAGUGACAAUUGCCCGAGCAAUUGAACUCAAGCACGCUCCGGGGCUGAUCGCUGCACUGGCUUACGAAACGGCCAAUUUCUACCAAAGAGCCGAUCAUACUUUAUCCAGUUUGGAGCCUGCAUAUUCUGCUAAAUGGAGAAAAUAUCUUCACUUGAAAAUGUGUUUCUACACAGCCUACGCAUACUGUUACCAUGGCCAGACGCUGCUGGCCGGAGACAAGUGCGGGGAAGCAGUCAGGGCUCUCCAGGAAGCAGAGAAAUUGUACGCCAAGGCCGAGGCGCUCUGCAAAGAGUAUGGCGAGACCAAGGGGCCCGGACCCACGGCCAAGCCUUCGGGACACCUGUUCUUCUGGAAGCUUGGGAGCCUGGUGAAGAACACGCUGGACAAGUGUCAGAGGGAGAACGGCUUCAUUUACUUUCAAAAAAUCCCAACGGAGGCCCCACAACUGGAACUCAAAGCAAAUUAUGGGCUGGUAGAGCCCGUGCCUUUCGAAUUUCCUCCUGCGGGUGCUCAGUGGACACCAGAAGCGCUGGCUGCAUUUGACCUCACCAAGAGACCCAAGGACGACAGUGCCAAACCCAAGCCAGAAGAAGAAGUAAAACCUGUGAAAGAACCAGACAUCAAGCCCCAGAAGGACACUGGCUGCUACAUUUCCUAAAACGCCAUGGG